AUGGAUGUCCAAGGGAAUGCCCCCGAGCGCGUGCGCAAGCGUCGCCGCCGUACAAUGGCGUGCACGCAGUGUCCAUUUGCCUCGGACCAAAGGUCUACAGUGUCUGCGCCCAGGGAUACCCCGAUUGACACACCUCCGGAUUCAGGACCGACAGUGUCAACUCAGACGGAGCGUUUCCCAGCUAGUGAACCUCCUCGCAUGGCUAUGGCCGGCGGUCCAAUGCAUCACGAUUAUCAUGGUCUCACGGGAAAUGCUCUUGCGCCACCUUACAGAAGUCGACCACAUGAUAGAGAGCGAAAGGACUGCUUUUUGGAGACUGUCCUCGGAGCUCCUAAGGCUGCAGUCAACCAGGAACCUUACGUGAAUAUGGGUCUUUUACAGCGUCCCAAGCGCCAAGUGCCUGCAGCAGAACAAGAUAUGCAAGCGCCGUCGCGGGUUGACCAUGCGCAUGUUGACGAAGAAGACGACCCGUUGUCAUCUACGGACCAGCUGGACCUCGCUCCUCGCAUGAUGAUGAGAGGCCGUGAAACUAAAACCAGAUUUACCGGAUCAGGCAUCUUUGCCAGUCUAGUUGCACAGGUCCGCAUUCCCCCUCCCCUCUUUCCGGAUAUAAGAUCAUUUGCAGAAGAGAUCCGGCUUUCUACUCCAAUUUUCGCGCAACUUCAGCCGGACCUGAGAAGGGUUAAGCGUGGGCUAUUCAAAAUGAUGGUGCUCCAUCAGCCCGUUGUCGACCCUACGACGUCUUCGCUAAUUAACCUGCUGCCCUCGCGUGGCGUGGUCGAUGAACUGAUUGGGUUGUAUAUCACUUAUAUCGAGUCUACUCAUCGCAUUCUUCAUGUUCCAUCCUUCUUACGAGAGCUUGACCAAUUCUGGGCCAUGUUAGACAGCCCAGACUCAAUAUCUGCUGCAUUUACAGUUCAACUACUACUGGUUCUUGCCUGCGCAUGGAACCUUGCAGAUCUUUCUAGUCUGCAGUCAAAAAGUGUGGGCGAGCUCAAGUGCCAGUCCGCUUUGGAGUGGACGCUGCACGCAGAAAAAUGGAUCGAGAAUCUUCACACCAAACGUCCGGAGAUCACAUCAAUGCGGCUCUCAAUUUUAUUAAUUUUGGCGCGCAACUCCCACGGAAUGAAACGCAGCCAGGCCUGGCUUGCAACAAGUACUUUAGUCAAGCAAGCCAUGAUGGCAGGAUACCAUCGCGACCCCAGCCGGUACACACGGAUAUCUCCGUUCAACAAAGAGAUGCGACGGCGAAUUUGGACAACCAUUGUGGAACUGGACUUGCAAAUUGCUUUUGAUCGGGGAAUGCCACCGUCUGUACAGAGCUAUGACUAUGAUGCAGCUCCAGGGUUGAACAUUUACGACACCGAGAUCCACGAGAAUAGCACUGAAGCUCCCCAAAGUCGGCCGCCAAGUGAAGUUACAGACUCAUCUUUCCAGUCUAUUCUGAGUUGCUCGCUACCGCUCCGUCUUCAAGCAUGUUCACUCAUGCACUCCCCACGAAUCAGCUGUCGCUAUGAGGAUAUCCAGCGCCUGGACGCUGAGCUUAACCGGCAUCUUUCUCGGAUCCCUUCGUGGGCGACAGUAGACCCCAACGAUAUUGGUACCCAACGCAAGGUAAUACUAUGGAAAGGGUUGAUUGAGACCAAACUUUCCCAGACUCUGCUGUCUGUCCACACCCCUUUCGCCAUUGAAGCACGACGAGAAUCACUCUUCGCUCCCUCCGCGCGUACUCGCAUGGAUGCCGCAACCAGAAUAUUGACAACCCAACGCCGAUUACACGAGAUCUCUCGAACGCUAUCGCUAUGUGUGCUUGGCGAAUGGACUAUCCACGCCUACAUUUCCAUCUGCCAAUUGCUACACACAACCGAAUCCGACACCUCUUCCCCCUCCUAUCCCAUCUCAUCAACCUUUAUUCUCCACAAUAUACCCGGUGUCCCCGAGUCACUCCUAUCACUUGUAGAAACGGCCUUGAUCGCAUUGGAAGAGCGCUCUCUUUUGGUGACCAAGGGAGCAAAAGAUUAUUAUUUUCUCUCAACAAUCGUCGCACUAGUCAAAGCCCGUCUCUGGCCGGCACAAGCAACAGUGUACAAGCAGCAGGUUGUCGAACGGGUCCUGUCAUUUGCGCAGAUUCUCUUCUCUCGUCACAUGAAUUGCGACCACCUCGGCGACAAAGGGGUUGGAAAUUUCAAGAACAACCAACUAGCAGCAUUUCUCGCGGCUCCAACAAUGGUGCCUGUGAUGCAGCCCGAAUUUGAUCCUAAUGGGAUGCUCCCGCCGCUGCAACCCGGCGCAACACGGCCUGACGAGUUCGAUCCUUUUUUGGAGAUCUUCGAUUGGGAGGAUCUUACAAGUAUGACUUUUCCCUGUUAA